AUGGCGGUGUUCCACCUGUACUCGGCGCUGAACCUGCUGUGGAUCUUGUGCAACGGCGUGUGCAUCAACUUCCUCCAGUUCUGCCUCUACUGCCUCGUGCGGCCGUUCAAUACGGCGCUCUACCGCUACUGGAUGGGGUCAGUAGCACAAGCGCUCUGGGUGGACGUGGCGUCCACGAGCUUUCCGUUGACGAAGCUCUCGGUCACUGGCGAGCUGCCGGCCGACCCUUCGAAGCCGGCGAUCAUUAUUGCAAACCACCAGGUGGACGCUGACUGGUGGUACAUUUGGCAGGCGGCGCGCCAGCUGAAGGCGGCGGGCAAUGUCAAGAUCGUGCUUAAGGACCAGCUCAAGUACUUGCCCAUCCUCGGCUGGGGCAUGCGUCUCUUCCAGUUUCUUUUCCUACGACGUCGCAUUGAUCAAGACCAGAAGCACAUUCAGCAGUACAUGGACGGACUGAUUACCGACAAGUUUCCAUUCUGGCUCGUGCUGUUCCCUGAAGGAACGACCAUCCACAAGGAAUACGUGACAAAGUCGCAGGCGUUUGCCGCUCGAGAAGGCCGUCCGAAGUUCGAGCGGGUGUUGCUUCCUCGCACAACGGGCAUGCAGAUCAUUUUAGAUGCUGCCGCUGCAGUGAAGCCAGAUAUCUAUGACCUGACGCUGGCGUUUCCGUCGUACUCGGGCGAAGUGCCGACGUUUGACAUGGGUUACGGACGUAAAGUGGACACGGAAGUACCGUCGAUGAAGUCAUUAGUGGCAGGAAAACAACCUGCAGGAAAUGUGGCCAUCCACUCGCAUAAGUUUCGGUAUGAGGACGCGACAGCAGAUUUGCAGGGAUUUUUAGAUGCGCGCUGGAAAGAGAAAGAAGAGCGGCUGACGUACUUUGUCGAGCAUCAGCGAUUUCCUGGUGGGGAAAAGGCGGUGGAGAUAGAGCUAUCGAGGUCGGUUCGAGCCGUCUUUCGACUGUGGCUGGGCAUCACGAUCUCAUGUAUCGUAUUGCCCUUCGUCAUGAUGCUCUUCUUCCCACUGUAUUUGGUCUGGGUCGUCUACUGCUUUGUCUACUCGGUCUACGACCGCACGACGAACUUUUGGUGGCCAUACAUCUUCAACUUGUUCUUGGAACGCGCAGCUAAGACGCACGAUCAGUUUAAACGACACAAAGCGAAGUACAUGUGA